AUGUCAGUAGAUUCAUUAUCAAAAGUGCAACCAGAUCUGCUAAUGAUUGAUAGUUCAAAGCAUUUGCUUCCACUUAAUGACACGAAACCAAUGAAUGAGACUGCAGUUGUGUAUAAAAAAGAUUUGGAAGCACCUAAACAUUCGGUGACAAACCGGAACGAUCAUGAACUGUUAAGCGAACAUUCGCGAAUGCGCAAAACUGUUGCAGAUGUUGUCGAUGAACGUCGUAUAGUUGGUGGAAAUGCAUAUGCUGAGCAUUUUGUAAGAGAACUGAAAACAGCGUCUCGAAUAAAUCGUGCACCCCCAGGAAUAUCACACAGUUCACAUUUACACUGGGAUUUGUUGCUUGGGAAAGAUGAAACAAUCGACCCAUGUGAUUACUUGAAUUUCGAUUAUACUGCUAAAUUUUGA